AUGGCGAAGCGAACCGCUGAGGCCGAUCACGGCGAUGCGCUCAAGGGCGGCGACCGUCCUGAGCAGAUGGACAUUGACGACAACAACAAGGAGAUGGGCGAGUUUGAAGAUGAGUUCGAGGACGAGUUCGAGAGCGAGGAUGAGAUUCUCGAGGCUGGUGUUGAUGGACGCCCUGAUGCUGAGCGAGAGGCUGAGGAGAAGGACGCUAUGGAAGUCGACCAAGACCAAGGAACCUUUAUCGUCGGACGAAGCAAACUCGAGCCUGGCCAAACCCUUGCUCCCGAUCUGACCACCUACGAGAUGCUGCACAACCUCAGCACUCCCUGGCCAUGCCUCUCCUUCGACAUUCUCCGCGACAACCUCGGCGACAACCGCAAGGCUUACCCUGCCACCAUGUACACCGUCUCUGGAACCCAGGCUGAGACCGGAAAGGACUCAGACAAUCAGAUUAUGGUUAUGAAGUUCAGUGGUCUUAGCAAGAUGGACCGCGGCGAUGAGGGUUCCGACUCGGAAGACGAUGAUGACGAAGAUGCUGAUCCUAUCCUGGAGAGCAAGUCGAUUCCUCUCAACUCUACCACCAACCGUAUCCGCGCCCACCAGAUUCCUGGCCAGGAGGCUGGGCGACCUGGAACGACUCUCACUGCCACCAUGACCGAGUCUAGCAAUGUCUUCAUCCACGACAUUACUCCUCACAUUGCCUCAUUCGAUAACCCUGGUACUACCAUUUCCGCUCAGCAGAACAAGCCUAUCUCUACCAUCCGCGCACACAAGACUGAGGGUUACGCUCUUGACUGGUCCCCCCUUGCCCCCAACGGCAAGCUCCUUACCGGUGACAACGAUGGUCUCAUCUACGUGACAACACGCACCGACGGAGGUGGCUGGGUCACUGACAACCGACCUUUCCAGGGCCACCAGAGCAGUGUUGAGGAGUUGCAGUGGUCGCCGUCCGAGGCUUCUGUAUUUGCCUCUGCCUCAAGUGACGGCACCGUUCGCAUCUGGGACGUGCGAUCCAAGUCUCGCAAGGCUGCCAUCACCAUGCAGGUGUCAAAUGUUGAUGUCAACGUCAUGUCUUGGUCGCGCCAGCAAACUCACCUCCUCGCCUCCGGUGACGACAACGGUACCUGGGCCGUGUGGGAUCUCCGCCAGUGGAAGGCCAGCUCUGACAAGCCCCAGGCCAUCGCCAGCUUCAACUUCAACAAGGAGCAGAUCACCAGUGUCGAAUGGCAUCCCACCGACGACUCUAUUGUUGCCGUUGCCGCCGCCGACAACACUGUUACCCUGUGGGAUCUGGCCGUCGAGCUGGAUGAUGAGGAGAGCAAGGACACAGCCGGCGUCAAGGAUGUGCCGCCCCAGCUCCUGUUCGUGCACUACCUGAAGGACGUUAAGGAGGUACACUGGCACCCCCAUAUCACGGGAAGCUUGGUCGCCACGGGAGAGGAGUUCAGCGUCUUCAGGACGAUCAGCGUAUAG